UAACAUUUAGUAUUUGUUUGGACUUUGUCGUUAGCGGUUCGUUCUCCCGUUCGCUCGUUCGUUCGUUGUGUUUUUUGCGGUUUGCUUUUGAACAAAAUACAAAUAAAAUUACACAAAAAAAUAUAUUUAUAAUAAUACUACAUACUAAAUGUAACAUGUAAUAGCAAAACGGUUUCUUACGAAACUCUUGUUUAUAACACGCGUUGAAACAAAAUUACAAAUAUAUUCUCUAUAGAAAACAAAAAACAAAAAUAAAAUACAAAUUGUUAAACACACAACAAGUGCAAUUUAAUAAUACAAAAAAUACAACACAAACAACAAAGUGCAAAUGCUGCAUUGUAGCUGAACAAGUUUAUAAUAGAUAUAUUAUAGCGAUUUCGAUUCAUUUGUUUUUGGGGGAAAACUAGAGAAAAUAGUUUUCUUCUGAGCGUGUGCAGCAAGUCGCCGCAUGCGGCAUGCUUUAAAAUAGCAACAAGCCAAGCCAACAUAAAAUAUAAAAAUACAACAACAAAAAAGAAAUUACAAAACGAAGACAAAAAAAUGUGUAAAUAAAAACGCACAUGAAUCCAAACAUUUCACAGUGAAAGCAAACACACCACCAACAACACACCUACACACGCACAUUCACAUACACACACACAGUCACACACUCGCAACGAGAACUAUCAAACAUCAACAACAACAGAGGCGACUUUUAUCAUCAUCAUCAUCAUCGACUGCGCUACGUAAUCAACGGGGGCAGCGCCGUGAAGAAGAGCAAAAUAUAAAGAAAGAGCAACAACAGCAACAGCGACGACGACGACGUCAGACAAACGUCUACAGUGUGUCUGUCUCUCCCGUCUAGUCUAUUAUAACGCAUGUCCUGCGGUCUGUGAGGAAAGAAGGAAGGAAGAGAGAGAGAGAGUGAGAGAGCGCACAAAAUAUAAUAUUGAAUACUGCCUCACUGUCUGAAUACUGCCUGAAUGACUAACUGACAAACUGAAUAAUUGACUGAUUCCGCGCUUAGUUUCGUGUCGGCUCGUCUCGUGUUGUUUCGUCUCGUUUUCUUCCCCAUAAACAACACACCAAAAGCCCGCAUCAAAAAGUGAUUCCAGUUUAUCAAUUGUUUCCCAAGUGCUUUUCAAUACAAAUGCUGCUAAAAGUUACAGUGUUUACACAACCUUCCCCUCCCUAUCUACACUAUAAAUAAUACAACAAAAAUAGUAAAAAGAGCAGCAAAUAAAGAAUUAUUGUGUUUGUGACAAAAUCAAGAAUUUUGGAUUAUUAACAAAAAAGGCUUGCACAUAAAAAUAAACAAACAAUCUCUGUAAAUGGAUUACAACUUUUAUGGAUUAGCAGCUGAAUUGGCACAUUACAUAGAUGCAAAUGCAUUCGAUUAUUAAAGGCACUCGAAGAACGCCAUAAAAAUGUAUUUUGAACGCAAACAAGUGCGUAAAAAAUACUAAAAACGUCUACACAAAAAAUACCAAACAGAUAAGAAGAGAUUCCUUAAAUAAGGUCGCAUCUCUUUUUGUUUGCACCGACAGCAAAUAAGGAGAAAAAGGAUAUAUCCAAAGAUAUCGGAAGAGAGAAGAGAGGAGAGUAUUCGGACAACAGAAAGUGUCCGUGUUAUUUGAGAGACAGUCUAAGGAAAAACAGCAGCACAACGGCGACCAUCGGCUACCCAAUGAUGAAACGACGCUGGUCGAACAAUGGCGGCUUCCUGCGCAUACAGGAGGAAUCCUCCUCGGAGGUGACCUCCUCGAGCAACGGUCUAGUCCUGCCAUCGGGCAUCAACAUGUCGCCCUCGUCCCUCGACUCCCACGACUAUGGCGAGCAGGAGCUUUGGCUGUGCGGCGCCGAUGCCACCAGCGUCUAUGGCAACGUCAACGGCAACACAUUGGGGCAUGGCAAUGCCCAGCAGCCGAGCGUCAUUGCUGUCGCCAUGCACGGCUGCUCCAGCACCCUGCCCGCCCAGACAACCAUCAUCCCCAUCAACAACAACAACAACAACAAUAAUACGAAUAACAAUAACAAUAACAACAGUAAUGGCUCGAUGAAUGGAUAUGUGGCAGGUGCCACAAAUCUGGGCAAUGGGCAUAUGGUGGGCAGCCUGGUGAAUGGCAUGCAACAGCUGCAACAGAAUGGUCACAGUCUGAUCAAUUCCACAACCCCCACCCCUCUGCACAUGCAACAGAAUGGCCUCAAUGGGGCAGCAGCAGGUGGCAUGGGCGGUGUCGUUGGCAUGAGCCUCAAUGCUCUCCACCACACGAAUGGCAAUUCGAAUGGACUCGGUCCAGGCGGAGGACUCGGUGGCAACAACAACAAUGGCACCACCACCACCAACAACAACAACAACAAUAACAACAGCAUGGGCGGACCAAUGGGCAUGGGCAUGCAACACACGCCGCGCAGUGAUUCAGCAAAUUCCAUUUCAUCAGGUAAUGACACACAACCAUACGACGAAAUGUCACAGCAAAUUUGCCUUUCUACAGGUCGCGAUGAUCUCUCGCCCUCGAGCAGCCUUAACGGCUACUCAGCGAACGAGGGCUGCGAUGCGAAGAAGAGCAAGAAGGGUCCGGCGCCUCGGCUGCAGGAGGAGCUGUGCCUGGUGUGCGGAGACAGGGCGUCGGGGUAUCAUUACAAUGCGCUCACCUGCGAGGGCUGCAAAGGCUUCUUUCGACGCAGCGUCACGAAGAAUGCUGUGUACUGUUGCAAGUUCGGGCGAGCCUGCGAGAUGGACAUGUACAUGAGGCGCAAGUGCCAGGAGUGCAGACUGAAGAAGUGCCUCGCGGUGGGCAUGCGGCCGGAGUGCGUUGUGCCGGAGAAUCAGUGCGCCAUGAAGCGGCGCGAGAAGAAGGCCCAGAAGGAGAAGGACAAGGUGACAAGUUCGCCCAGCUCACAGCAUGGCAUCAACUCCAAUUCGGGGCAGGGCAUUGGUGGCGGUGGCGCAGGUGGCAACCACGGUGCCCAUGACUACGUCAAGAAGGAGAUACUCGACCUCAUGACGUGCGAGGCCCCCCAGCAUGCCACAAUUCCGCUACUACCUGAUGAUAUUUUGGCCGAGUGUCAAGCGCGCAAUAUACCUCCAUUAACGUUCAAUCAGUUGGCCGUUAUAUAUAAAUUAAUUUGGUAUCAGGAUGGCUAUGAGCAGCCAUCCGAAGAGGAUCUCAAGCGUAUUAUGAGUCAACCCGAUGAGAAUGAGAGUCAGACGGAUGUGAGCUUCAGGCACAUCACCGAGAUAACCAUACUCACAGUGCAGUUGAUAGUGGAGUUUGCGAAAGGAUUACCAGCGUUUACAAAGAUACCCCAAGAGGAUCAGAUCACGUUACUCAAGGCCUGCUCAUCUGAAGUGAUGAUGUUGCGAAUGGCGCGACGCUACGAUCACAACUCGGACUCGAUAUUCUUUGCGAACAAUCGAUCGUACACACGAGACUCGUACAAAAUGGCGGGCAUGGCGGAUAACAUUGAGGAUCUGCUGCACUUUUGCCGACAGAUGUUCUCGAUGAAGGUGGACAACGUGGAGUACGCGCUACUCACUGCCAUUGUGAUCUUCUCGGAUCGGCCGGGACUGGAGAAGGCCCAGCUGGUCGAAGCGAUACAGAGCUAUUACAUCGACACGCUACGCAUUUAUAUACUCAAUCGCCACUGCGGCGACUCCAUGAGUCUCGUCUUCUACGCCAAACUGCUCUCCAUACUCACCGAGCUGCGCACGCUGGGCAACCAGAAUGCCGAGAUGUGCUUCUCCCUCAAGCUCAAGAAUCGCAAGCUGCCCAAGUUUCUCGAGGAGAUCUGGGACGUCCACGCCAUACCGCCCUCGGUGCAGUCCCAUCUCCAGGCCCAGCAGGAGGAGCAGGAGCGUCUGGCGCGUGCCGAGCGCAUGCGUGGCGCCGUCGGUGGCGCCAUCACUGCCGGCCUCGAUGCCGACUCGGCGUCCACAUCCUCCCAAGCAGCUUUGGCUGCGGCGGCGCAACAACAGCAACAGCAUCAGCAGCAACAACACCAACAGCUGCACACUCUGCCCGUGCACUCGCUGCCCGGUGGUUCAUCUGCCGUCUCUGCGGUCAGCACCAGCAGUGAUUACAUUGGCGGAGGCGGAGGAGGAGGCGGCGGAGGCGGAGGAGUUGGCAACAGCAACAGUGCAACCACUGCAGCGGCAAGCUCAUCCACCAGCAUCACAGCAGCGGUGCCGGCGAGCUCGACGACGUCAUCAGCGGUGGCCAACGGCAGCAUGUAUGCCAACGCCCACACGGCCAUGGCGCUGAUGGGCGUGCCCCUGAAGUCGGAGCACUCGACGACCACCGCAUAGCCCCUGCUCGGAGUGGAUCUAGGAGUGGGAGUGGGAGUGGGAGUGGGACUGCUAGGCAGCAUUAUUGAGUGAAGAGUGAAGUGAGGAGGGCGGGGCAGCUUGUAUACAAUACAAUACACACACAUACAUAUAGAUUUCAAAUCUGAACAGCGCAUGAGAAUCGAUUCGCAGAGAUAGAUUUCCCUCAUUUUUUGGAACUUGAUAGAUAAAAGUACGAGAAGUAAGCGUAAAAUGCAGUUAUUUAGUGUUAAGUCUGCAAAUAUUAGACCUAAGACGAUUAUGAAUAUACAAAUAAUGAUACAUAUAGAUAUAUAUAUACAUACAGCGAUGAUAUAUGUAUAUGUGCAAAGAACUUCUUAACACAAAUGCUUAAACAACAAGAAAAUGGAACACACAUCUAGAAAGGGCGUAGAGUUAUAAAGCAGAAACAAAAAUACCUUAACUGAAGAGAAGAGAAGCGAAGAGAAGAGAAGAGAAGAGAAGAGAAGAGAAGAGAAGAGAAGAGAAGAGAAGAGAAGAGAAGAGAAGAGAAGAGAAGAGAAGAGAAGAGACAAGAGAAUAAUUGAUAAAUUGUAUUAACUUAUGUUUGGGUGACAACUGCAAGCGCCUGCAAAACAGAAGAGAAUAAAGAUUGUUUAUAUUUUAAAAAUAUAAAAAAAAUACACACACCAACCACACACACACACACACACUUAUAAUAAACAAUAAUGAUAAUAAGAAUGAUUUAAUUAUAAUAGCAGAAGCAAGUGUAUAAUAUGUAAACUAAUUCAAAAGCAGCGACUAAAUUUGAUUUAUAAUUCCCCCAUACUAUAUAAACUAACAACCUAACUAAUAAACAUCAACUUCUAAUAUAAGUUAAAUGAUUCGAAAACAAAACUCUAACUAAAUCUAAAAACAAAAACAAAAAACGAAAAAAAAAAACACGCAAAA